UCGGCUUCACUGAAUUGGACCCAGGGAUCUUUGAGCUCUGUUCGCUCGAUUCUUGAUUCUGGGAGGCUGAUUAUUUCCAAUUGCAAAGGCUGCAAGUGUCAGUGUGUGUGAAUUUGCCUGUGUGUUUAAAUGGCUGCUCCAUAUGCUCACAUGAUUCAAUCUGCAACCGUUUUGCGCAAGAGCAAUCUGUAUCUUUCGCGCUAUGACUGCGGCAAAUACAAUGGUAAGAGGGGACGUCCUCAUGUAGCUUUUGCCUCAAUCCAGCAAUCAGAGAGAAACAUUUCCAUCGACCCCAAGGUUGAAUCACUUCUAGACAGCGUGAAAUGGGACAGCAAAGGUUUGGCGGUGGCAAUAGCUCAAAACGUGGACACAGGAGCCAUACUCAUGCAAGGCUUUGCCAAUAGAGAUGCUCUCGCUGCAACCAUAUCCUCUCGCAAGGCAACAUUCUAUAGCCGCUCACGGUCAACAUUAUGGACAAAGGGAGAGACCUCUAAUAAUUUCAUUAAUGUUCUUGAUGUCUUCCUUGACUGUGAUCGUGAUUCUAUUAUAUACCUUGGGAAGCCAGAUGGGCCAACCUGUCAUACUGGGUCAGAGACAUGCUAUUAUACGUCAGUCUUUGACUUGUUAAAAGAGCAAGAGGCCAAAGGAAGUAGAUUGGCUUUAACCUCAUUGUAUGCAUUAGAGUCAACAAUCUCCCAGCGCGAAGCAGAGUUAGCAGAAGGAGAAACUGGAAAGCCUUCAUGGACAAAGCGAUUGCUGCUGGACCAUAAUUUGCUGUGCUCUAAAAUCCGAGAGGAGGCCGAUGAGUUGUGCCAAACACUCGAGAACAACGAGGACAAGUCACGAGCUGCCUCAGAGAUGGCAGAUUUACUAUAUCAUGCCAUGGUUUUGCAGGCAAUUAAAGGAGUGAAAGUAGAAGAUGUUUUGGAGGUUAUUCGAAAAAGAUUUUCUCAAUCCGGCAUUGAGGAAAAGAGAAGCCGGGCGUCUAAAAAAUCAGAGGAACAUUGAAGGUCCUGUCAAAUCUGCUUCUGAAACACCAUUUUGAGUCUGUGGUGACUGUUGAUGGGAUACAGCAUUCAUGGACAUCAGCAGACAGGUUCACUUUGUAGGGAUAAUGUUGUCGUAUUGUGGUGUACAUUUUGUGUUCUUUACUUGUUGUUAAUGUGAUUGUUAUCGUCCCGAUUCUCCCUAGAUCAGUUUCACACAUUUUAAAGGCUUUGAUAGGUGACUUAAUUGGUUGGCUUGGAUGCUUAUUUAUGGAAUGCUGUAGUAUCAUGAUUUCUUAUUUUAAGAGCAAGGGUGUUGGGAGUUUUUGCACUUUUUUCUGGUGCGUGUUAUUGAAGGAAAAUAAGAGAGAAAGUUCAAGAUCAGGAGGUUGAGAUAGAAUCCCGCAACCAUUUUCCCACUGACUUAUUUUCUCCUUAUCUUCUGAAUGAAAGGCAGAAGCACAAUGCCAUCUCCAACCUGCACCUGCUGCUCACGUGGAUAUUUAUGGUAAUGGUGGGAAGAAUUUAAUGAAGUGAUGGAUGCUGACAACAAGGAUUGGGUUGGAGAGCUGAAAUGUCCAAUAUUAUUUGCGUGGUCAAAGCCUUGUGCAUCGACCUAAUGAAUGAACCACUUUAAAGAGAGCAGAAGUGAGGGAAUGUGCCGCAGAGAAUUGGGAAGUAAAGUAUGAUUGAACCUUUUGGAUUGGACUGAAAAAGUUAUCCAAAGUGAUCCAGAAUGCUUUUGAAUUGCAUGGUGAUCAAA